GACCCCAAGGUCAUGAUGCCAGAGCAGAAAUAUAAAGCAGCAGCGCAGCAUGGAUCUGUUCACCAAAGCAACAUGAGAGGACUCACCGUCUUGGCGGCUCUGCUUGUAGCUGCUGCUUUCUGCAAGGAGACGUUCGAGGGACACCAGGUCCUUCGGAUCACUGUAAAGGAUGAGGUAGAGAUCAGGCUCCUGAAGGAACUGUCUGAGCAGGAACAUCUGCAGAUGGAUUUCUGGAUGGAUCCCGUCGACGUGUCUCUCCCUGUCGAUGUCCGUGUUCCUUUCCACAGCCUGCAAGCCGUCAGGGCGUUCCUGGGCUACCAUGAGAUCCACUAUGAGGUCAUGAUCCAGGAUCUUCAGGAUCUUCUGGAUGAGGAGCAGCGUAUGAUGACAAGAGCUCGUGUUUUUCAGCCCAGAACCACCGAUGACUACGACUACGCUAACUACCACACGCUGAGCGAGAUCAACAGCUUCAUGGACAUGCUGGUGCAGGAGAACCCUAAACUGGUUAGCAAGAUCGUGAUUGGACAGAGUUACGAGGGCCGUCCGUUAAACGUUCUGAAGUUUAGCACCGGUGAUACGAAGCGCCCAGGGAUCUGGAUCGACACUGGGAUCCAUGCCAGAGAGUGGAUCACACCGGCAAGUGGAACCUGGUUCGCUAAGAAGAUUGUGACAGAUUACGGAAGUGACCCUGCUCUUACCGCCAUCCUUGACAAGUUUGACAUUUUCCUGGAGCUUGUUACCAACCCUGAUGGAUACGAAUAUACCCACACCAGUAACCGCAUGUGGCGCAAGACGAGGAGGAUAAACUCCGGUUCCUCGUGUGUCGGUGUCGACCCUAACAGGAACUGGGGUACAGGAUAUGGAGGUGCUGGAUCCAGUAAUAACCCUUGCUCUGAGACGUACCGUGGGCCAGGUGCCUUCUCUGAGCCUGAGGUCAGGUCCAUCGUGGAUUUCACCACAUCUCACGGCAAUCUCAAGGCCUUCUUGACCAUCCAUAGCUACUCUCAGAUGAUGCUGUACCCCUACGGCGACACCAGUGAGCCUUGCGUGGAUGAAGCAGAGCUGGAUGAGCUUGCUUUCAAAGCUGCCACUGAACUGGAGAGUCUGUAUGGCACUAAAUACACUUACGGGAGCACCUUUGACACCAUCUAUCAGGCAAGCGGAGUGACCACAGACUGGGCCUACGAUCAGGGCUUCAAGUACUCCUACACCUUCGAGCUGAGAGACACCGGGCGUUACGGAUUCGUGCUUCCUGCAGAUCAGAUCAUCCCGACCGCUCAGGAGACGUGGCUGGCUCUCAUGGUCAUCAUGGAGCACGCCAAGAACAACCCGUACUAAACCCGCAGAGACUCUGAAACAGGAUGUAAUGUGUGAUAAUAAAGAAUCAUUUACAAUAAGA